AUGACGCUCGUUUCCGUCAAGAACUCUGAUUUACAUGGCUGGUACCCGUGUUCUGGCGUCACGUUUUCUGACAAAGGGAGUGGGACUGACAUCAUCGCUGAGUUUGCGGUCGACAGAGCACCUUUAUGCUACCCCGGUAUCUGUAACACCCCGCCAUCGGUGGACUUGACUAUUGAUAUCUUUGUCAAACAGUUCCCAGCUACAUUUGAAGAACCUGCCAUUGCAACAAUUGCGUGGUUUGUCCAAGGUGGUCCAGGUGGAAUCGACCAUGAAGUAUCUGUGCGUCCUAUCGAGGGAAAAGCUAACAUUUACACGAUGAACCAUCGUGGCACGGGCCGCGGCACACGCUUCAACUGUGUGUCAGCCCAGGCCACUACUACUGGCUCUUCUUCUAGCUGCGAGAUUGACGUGUUUGAAGUUGCUGCGUGUGCGCAGGAUCUCGAAUACAAGUUCGGUGACCUGUCUUCUUUUUCCAUGACGAAUGCUACCACGGACAUCGCGACGUUCAUCUCCAAGUUUACGAACGGCAAAAGCACUGUCUCUACGGUGUGA